UUCUGUGAUGUAGGGGUUAUUUGUAUAUACCGCUUAGCGCCUCGAGUUAUUAUGGUUUAUAUACAUUUCCCCGCGAAUUUUACCGAGGAGGAGUUAAUGUUGCAAGCAAAGUAUCAAAAGCUGAAGAAAAAGAAAAAGGCGCUACAGGCCCUGAAGGCUCCGAAACCCGAGCCGGAGAAGCCGGUGGCCCCGAAGCGGCCGGCCGAAGCGAGAGACGCCCGCGAGGUGGCGAAAAAGCUGCUAAAAUCGGGCGCCAUCCCGGCAAUAGCCAAGCAACAAAAGCAGCCCGAGCAGGGCUUCAAGAGGCCGCGGGGUCUCGAACGGAAACUCAUCUCGGAUAAAACCGUGAGCGGCUACCAGCCGUUCUCGGCGAUACAAAUGGAAGACGGGCCCGAUAACCCGGAAAACAAGCCUCCGAGGAUUAAGAACCUCUAUGAUUCUUUCGCAAAUGUCAGAGACCGGGAGGAACGGGGAAUAGUGGAGAAACCGCGCGAGAAGCCCGAGAAGCCGCGCCAAGGCAACACUAUCUACGUGUCCGGUUACAAGAUCACGGAAGAAUUCUUGAAGAAGCACUUUGUGACGUUUGGGAACAUCAUCAAUGUGUCAAUGGAGAUUGAGAAAAAUCGGGGCUUUGUGACCUUCGAUAAGGUGGAGGCGGCCGAAAGGGCGAUCGCCGAGAUGGACGGCGGUAUGGUAUCCGGCAUACAGCUGCAGGUGUCUCUGGCGAGGAGACAGCCUCAAAUCGAGCCCAUCAACGACGCGACGUCUUCGGUAGCUUGGGCUACCCUAGCGUCCACGCAUUCGCAAAAGGGCAACCACAGGGACAAGCGCGAUCUCGUCUACUACGACGAUCUCAUUUGAAUGUUAGGUUAGGUUUAGCUAUCCACGUAUAUUUAUUAAAAUAAAAAAUCGUUCAAAU